CUUGAUAACUUCGUUCCUUCGUCGAACUAGAAGGGCACUGCUCGAUUGAGCAAUGAUAAGCUAGGUGGAUAUUGUGUCGCCCGAUAGGCCGGGAUGGGACACCGGCCCGAUGGGCCAUGCAGCCCACCAACAAGCGCUGCCACUGCUGCUAUGCAUCUCCGCCACUGCAUUCUUGCUAUAUGCUUGGACUUGAUUUCGACUGCGCCGCAUUGGAACAUCUGGAAGAAGAAGUGAUAGGAUAAACACAAACUGCAGAAUGGCAGUGCCCGUCCCUAAUGCAACCCAGUCCUUCUGGAGGUCUGAUUUACACGCCUUGGACGACCACAGGACAACAGAGCGGUUGCCCGCCGAGGCUGACAUUGUGAUUAUUGGCGCCGGAUAUGCUGGCGCAAGCCUGGCUUACCAUUUAUUGGAGAAGAGCGAAACGUCGCAAAAGCCCGUGUCUAUCGUGUUGUUGGAAGCUAGACAGGCUUGCUCUGGUGCCACUGGCCGCAACGGUGGACACCUCAAGCCAGACCCUUACUAUAGAGCAGCUGGGGCUCUCAAGACACAUGGGCGUGAGGCGGCUGAGGAAGUCGCUUCUUUCGAAGCGAGACAAGUGAAAGAGAUUCAAAAGCUGGUUGAGAAGGAAGCAAUUGACUGCGAUUUCGUUGUAACAAGAGCGACAGAUGUCUGCAUGUACGAGUCUGCUCACAGGGAACUCAAACAAGGCUUGGAUGCGCUUCACGAUGCAAAUAUAUCGACAGCAAGUGAAGUCCACUACAGUGGUCCACGCACGGCGCAGGGUAUUUCUGGCAUCAAAGGAGCAAAGGCAUGCUUCACCUAUACGGCAGCACAUGUCUGGCCAUACAAGUUGGUUCUGCAUCUACUGCAGAAAGCUGUUGGCAAAGGCGUCAAUCUGCAAACCCACACUCCGGUCAAGUCUGUAAAACCUGCUGGAGGCUCCGGGCGCUGGGCGGUCGAGACCGAACGAGGCACGAUGCAGGCCGCGAAGGUCAUCUACGCGAGCAAUGCUUAUACCUCUUCGCUACUUCCAGAGUACAAGGGAAAGAUUAUCGGUGUACGAGGGAUCUGCAGUCGUAUUGUGUCUACUAAACCCGACGCUCCGCUUCUGACGAAUAGCUACAUCAUGAGACUCGCGCCUGGGGAGUACGAUUAUCUUAUUCCUCGCAGCGAUGGGAGUAUCAUUGUGGGCGGCGGCAGGAGGGACUAUUUCAAACAGCUUGACUCCUGGUACGACAAUUACGACGACUCAAAACUCAUCGAAUCUGCCAAACACUACUUUGAUGGCUAUAUGCAACGCCACUUCCGCGGCUGGGAAGACAGUGGGGCAUAUACUGAUGCAUGUUGGUCGGGCAUCAUGGGUUACAGUAGCAAUGGGUUUCCUCAUGUGGGAGAGGUACCUGGCAAAAAGGGUCAAUACAUUUGUGCUGGUUUCUCUGGACACGGGAUGCCACAGAUAUUUCUCUCUGCGAAGGCCGUGGCAUCCAUGGUAUUGGAGGACAAGAGAGCAGACGAGGUUGAUUUACCCAGGCUGUACAGAUCGUCGCAAGCGAGACUCGAUUCGACACUGAAUGUGACGCUGGAAGGAUGGGACAAUACGCAUGCGAAAUCGACAGCGAAGCUUUGAUGAUCAUGCUCCCAGACAGCGAGCAUUGUCCGAUCCCGAGCCACUGAGGACACAAGGGCGAAUAUUCUUCGAGCUUGAAGGCAGCACAUUCACACCAUACGCUACUUAGGCCCAAAUUCCGAGUACGAAUUCAAGCUCAAUUAUCGCGCUGUUCAGAUCGACAUCAUCAAUUGGCCGUGCCAGAUCAAGAAGCAUAUCAGAUUGCUGGCAUUGUGAGUUUCACCAUAGCCAGACAUGCAGCCUUGUGUUACGGAGGUAAAGCAUCCAUACUGUCAAGGAAUGGACACUCACCUGUACCUCGGCUCUACUCAAAGCCCAGUGAUCAACAGGGUUCACCACAUACUUCAUUCAACUCACACGUACAUUACACAUUGUGAACGAGAAUAGUUUAGCAAUUUCGACUAUCACCAACAGCAUGGCACAGAUUCCGAACGAAGACCUCAAAACGCGUAUGACGAAAGCCCUGCUCGCGCCCGAGCACUUAACAAAGGUACCAACGCACCACUCCGACAAUCUCAACCAAUUCAACUUUUGCAUCAUACCGACACAAAUACAUAGUACGAUAAAGAUGGCAAACACUUCCUCCUCCCAUGGCUCGAGAUUGUCGAAAUUGCCGACGUAGAGAUACUUUCGGACAAGACCUGCAGAGCCACUUUUCGAUUUCGAGCGCAGCCUGAAUUCCUCAAUCCAAUGGGAACAUUACACGCAGGGGCGAGCAUGGCCAUGUUUGAGUGUGCAACGACUUGGGCACUGUGGCCUAUCUCAAAGCCGGACUUUUGGCCGAAUCUGGGUCUGUGCAGAGCAAUUACGUUCAG